AUGGAUGAAAAGUCCAACAAUAGCCGGCUUCUGUUGGCCCUAUUGAUGGCGCUCUUGUUUGGUAUAAUUGUGUUACAGUAUGUGUGUCCUGGCACCGAUUGCCAACUGCAGCUACGCUUGAGUUCGCUAUCCAAAUUGCGUGAAACUACAUUGGAGACUCGUAUAGGAAGAGUUGACAGCAGUAGAAGAGAAGUUGCUGGAAGUGACCCGUACAUUUCAGUAGACGUCGCUCUUGCCCGAUUCGUGCCGCAGUUUAAUUUCUCCACGAACGACCUGGGGCGCACAGUUGACUUCGAUAUUAAGGGCGAUGAUUUGAUCGUGUUUUUACACAUCCAAAAGACCGGGGGCACCACAUUUGGUCGCCACCUAGUGCGCAAUAUUCAGCUGGAGAGACCAUGUGAAUGUCGGGCUGGCCAGAAGAGGUGCACCUGUUAUCGACCAGGUAAGCGGGAGACCUGGCUGUUCUCACGCUUUUCGACCGGUUGGAGCUGUGGGCUGCACGCGGACUGGACCGAGCUCACCAGCUGCGUACCCUCGCGUAUUGACAUUGCAGAGCGGCCCAACAUGCAGAAAGUUCCCAGGAAGUACUACUACAUUACCAUCUUGCGGGAUCCGGUGUGGCGCUACUUGAGCGAGUGGCGUCACGUGCAGCGGGGGGCCACCUGGAAAGCCUCCCCGCACGUGUGCGCUGGGCGCGCGCCGACGCCGGCCGAGCUGCCCAGCUGUUACCCGGGCGACGACUGGUCCGGCUGCUCCCUGGAGGACUUCAUGGGCUGCCCCUACAACCUGGCCAACAACAGGAUGACGCGCAUGCUGGCCGACCUCAGCCUGGUGGGCUGCUACAACCUGUCGGCCACCAGUGAGCCCGAGCGUGGCGCCGCCCUGCUGGACAGCGCCAAGCGCAACCUGAAGGGCAUGGCCUUCUUCGGCCUGACCGAGUUCCAGCACCAGACGCAGUACCUGUUCGAGCGCAGCUUCCGGCUGGAGUUCAUCGCGCCCUUCGCCCAGCUGAACGGCACGCGCGCGGCCGGCGUGGAGGCGGGGCCUGAGACGCGCCGGCGAAUCGGGGAGCUGAACCGGUGGGACGUGGAGCUGUACGGGUGGGCCCGCGACCUCUUCCUGCAGCGCUUCCAGUUCGCCCGGCAGCAGGAGCGCAGAGAGGCACGCCAGCGCGGGCGGCAGGAGGUUAGGAGAAAUCGCUACAAGGAGCAGCAGAGGGCACGGCUACUGAGACCCCAAAGGCUCGAGCCACACUUCCCUCCUACUCUGGUCCAAUGGGAGGACGGAUAGA